UCGCUCCACUCGGGUGUACGCGUCAAUUGAAUUUCGAAUAUAGACUUGUUCGCGCGCUUUUUGUUUUGACAGCAGAACUUUUUUUUCUAUUGACAGAUAUUCUUUCGUACCAGUUUUUUGUGUAAUGUUAAACUAUGAAAUAGCUAAAUCGAUUAAAAAUUAAUUAUUAUUUUAUUAAUUAAAUUAUACAUUUCAGUGCUGGAUUGUGAUUGUGUUAUUGUUUGGAUUUAGUAAUUUUUUUGAUGGAUUUUGAAUUGAACAAAACAGGCUUUUCAAUGUUGCCAUAUGGCUGUAACACAUAAUUCAAAAUGGCAGCAACAGAUACAGCCGGUGUUAAUCUCAAUAAGGACAAGAUUGAUGAUCUUGAAGAGAAGAUAACAGAGAUUGUAAUCAGAGGAAUGAAAUUCAGUACGUCAAGGGUAACGAGUAGGAAGGCAAAUCCAUUGUUCCUUUUGCUGCGAUUAUUGAUUAGCUAUAUCACAAUAGCCAAGCAUUGUAUGGCGUUGAUCUUAUUAAUGCACGCAGUGAAUGCGUACAGUCCGCAGAAAUUUGCUAUCGAACCGCAGGAUCAGAGUGCGGUGCUCGGGUCAAGGGUAACUUUGCCGUGUAGAGUUAUUAACAAAGCUGGUCAACUUCAGUGGACAAAAGAUGACUUUGGUCUUGGAACUCAUCGCCAUUUGACAGGAUAUGAGAGGUACAAAAUGGUUGGGAGUGACGAGGAAGGAGACUAUUCAUUGGAUAUCAGUGACGUCACUAUUGAUGAUGACGCCAACUACCAGUGCCAAGUCAGCACGGGACCGAAAGGAGAAUUAGCUAUACGGUCGAAAUAUGCUCGUCUUACCGUGUUAGUUCCUCCCGAACCACCGAAAAUUUUGAAAGGACCUACGAUAGAGGCUGUUGAAGAUAGGGAAAUUAUGUUGGAAUGUGUAUCAGUGGGGGGAAAGCCAGCAGCUGAAAUAACCUGGGUUGAUAGUGAGGGUAAUGUCCUUAACCAGGGAGUUACUUACACUAUAGAACAGAUGUCAGACGGCAGGAGGUUUAUUGCUAGGUCCGUCUUGCACCUUCGUCCUCGCAGACAGCACCACUCCCACACGUAUACUUGCCAGGCGCAAAAUACCGCAGACAGAGCGUAUAAGGCCGCCAGUGUCGUACUAAAGGUACAAUAUGCACCUAAAGUAAGAGUUGUCGUGAGAUCAAGACCAAACGGUAAAAUACAGGAAGGAGACACUUUAGUCGUAGGAUGUCAAGCCACUGCUAACCCAAGUAACGUAACUUACAAAUGGUACAUAAACAACGACCAAGUACCAACAGCAAGGAAUAAUGAGUUGAUAAUUACGAAUGUCUCUCGAAAGCACAACGAAGCUACAAUCAAAUGCGAGGUUCAGAAUGAAGUUGGCAGCAGUGCCGAUUCUAAAUCACUAGACGUAUCCUAUGGUCCAGCGUUUAAAGUUAAACCUCGAAACGCGGAAGGUGACAUCGGAUCCGUGGUAACUCUAACAUGUUCGAUAGAAGGUCACCCGCAACCAAAACUUCUGUGGUUAAGAUACCAACAAGAUAGAGUCAUUAGGGUAGGUAAAUCGUCGAAUUUAACAAUAACAAUAAACAAAGAAACGGCUGGUCAAUAUUGGUGCAGAGCGAGCGUAGAAGGCUAUCCAGAUAUAGAGUCACCUGCUAUGGUCUAUGUCAAAGGUCCUCCAAGAAUUAUUUCUAAUCAAACUCAAUAUGGCGUAGAAGGUGGUAGUGUGAGGAUCGAGUGUGUAGCUUUUUCUGUCCCCAAACCUGAUUACAUUAUAUGGUCAUUUGGUGGCAAUGAAAUAAACUCAUUUCACAAUCAUGAAUAUGCGUUUCUUGAAGAGUCUCUACCAGAUGGUUUAACCAAAUCUUCUCUUGUUAUAAGAGAGAGCGAAACAAAACACUUUGGCAGCUACAAUUGUAGCGUUUCUAAUGCCUACGGACUUGACAGUCUGGAAAUACAUCUUAUACCAGACAAAACGAUGCCUUUAAUAAUAUUUGUUAUCGGCGGCUCGGGAGUGACGAUACUUAUUUUGAUCAUUAUGUUAAUUGUGAUGCUAUGUCACAAGAACUCGAAUAAGAAAGAAAAGGACGAAAACGUUACAGAAAUAUCAAAAGAAGAUAAAUUCAAAGAUGGUGACAGUUCGAACAUAAGUGACUUAAAACUGGAAUUAAGACAAGUAGAAGUAAACUGUGAAAUGGAUCCAUCAACCGGGCCUGAUUUGGACAUGCGUUCAGCUCUUCAACUAACCAGCAAUCUCGGGUUACCGCUGGCAGGAGCUGUGCACGAUCACGUGUAUAGGUACAGUGACGAAUUCAAUGUUCAUGGAUUUAAGAAUCACGAUCAAACUAAAGGCUACGUCCCAUACGUCGACUACUCUAGAGAUUACGCUCCUCCCACUAAUGAUUCGAUGACUGGAUCUUUAUCCAGAAGCACUGAUGAGUCCACUUAUCAGAGUCACUGCGGAUCUUUGAAUCGCCAAGAGAGCUGUGGCAGACUAGGAGGAUUGGUAGGACCGGAUGUAAUACCGAUGGCAAAUUCAGGAGUGGUUAUGACAGGAGUCGACGUAAGAUAUGCGGCGACUUAUGGCAAUCCUUAUUUGAGAAGCAAUGGAGUUGGUUACGUUCCACCAGUUGCUAAUUCUUCGAAAAACGCACCACCUCCUUAUUACACGCUGCGAAAUACAAAUCAACAACCCAGUCCGUCUAUGUCUUCGUCAAUAACGAAUUCUUUUACCAGCCAGAUCACAUCUUUACCUAAUAAUGCUCAACCACAAGUGCCUAAAACGCCGCCAACGACUUCCAUGUACAUUUUGCAGAAUGGACAAAACUCUAUGAAUUCAUCAAUUAUAUCAACCAAAGGUUCCGGAACUCACGUGUAAAUGAAAGCAUAAAUAUUCUUUGUUCGUUGGAGCAUUGAUACUCAAAAGCCUAAAUGAAAGCUUUAAGUAAAGAUAUCAAAGAUAUUAAUGUCAAAGAAAAAUUGUCUUAAGAAGUUGAUGGCGUCUACGUUAGUUAGACAAGAAGAUAAAAGGGUAACAAUAAUACGUAUAUUCCUUCCAGCCAAAUUGAAACAGAUGAAUAUUAAUGUUUUUGUAAUCAUAAGAAAUUUAAAAUUAUGUCUUAAUUUAAUUUAAAAUAUGAUAUACCAUUUAGAUUCAAAUUUUAAUUUUCUUGACGCACUUGUGAAUAAAAUCUCUAUUUGUUCAAAGUUAUUUUUCUUUAGCUUGUACAUUAGUUAUCUUUUUUUUUAACUUAAAAUAGUGUUAAAGUAUUUGUGGGUUUUAAAUAAUUUUAUAAUACAUAUUAAAUAAGACUGAUAUAUUAUUUUCCAUUACAAUUUAGAUCGUUUAUAGAUUUUUUUUUUAAAUUUCACGUAUGAUUUGGUUUUCAUAUAAUAAAUCAUCGGUGUAAUUAAAUUGCUUUUAUGUAUAAUUUUUUUUGAAUCUCGAGAAAACUUAUUAAAGAAUAGUGGAGUAUUUAUUAUUACUUUCCAUACAUACUAUUUCAUAAUUUUUUUUUUCAAAUCAUAAAAAUUUUGAAAAAGCUCUCGAAAGUUCCCGACUGAAGACUGGCUAUGUUUAAUUUUAAUAGUAAAUUAUUUAAGUGAAUGCCAAAAAAACUGUUAGAAAACAUAAAAUACGAUAGCGAAUAAUAUAAGUAUGUAAAUAAAUUUAUUGAAUUACUUGAACUAGAUUUAUGUAGCUUUAUGUGUUUGGAUUCUUAGAUAUGUUGAUUUGAUAUGAAGUGAAAAUAAAAGGAUUUUGACAAAUA